UUAUCUGCUAAAAAGAGAGAACACAGCUCGAUAAAGCCACACACAGAGAGAGAGAGAAGACAUACCAAGAUCGAGAGAGGAAAAGAAGAGGGAGAUCAAGACUUAAUGAUUCUUCUCCCUUGGAGGCACGAUCGAGAAGAAGAGGGAAAUCUCAUCAGAGGCGUGAUUCUUCUCCGAUUGUUCGUCGGAAGAACAAAAUUGCGCUUCUUCUUCAGAUUCAUGAUGAGAUUUGACGAUUCCUGCUACUAAGCCCUAAUCUCCAUUUUCGUAGCCCUAAUUGCAAAUUCCAUACCUGUACCUGCGUCGUGUCAUGUCGUGUGGACACGGGUACUUCGCCAAAAGUGACAAGUCUGUGUAACAUAGGGAGUGACAAGGAAAUGGAGGAGAUCGUGAACCCCAUAGUUGUGUCAGUUCUCAUUUUCACACAUGCACUAUGAGGUGUGGCUUCUCGUGCGGUGGAGCUUUAACGGUAGGCUUUUGGACACUGGCCGAAUGUGCAGAGGCUUAGCAGUGUUGUCGUGCUUGUCAUGCGUUUGUUGCUUUGUUAUAAAAAUGAUAUAGGCCAGACAUUCUACAGCGAGCAAGAUCUUAUGCGUUACAUAAACUAUGCGAAAAGAGCUAAGGUCUCCAUUUAUGCACCGAACUAUACUCCAACUGUUGGCGCAUCCCGACGCAGAAAAAAACAGCGACCUAAUCCCCCAAAAGUAAGGAAAGAAGCUGAAAAGGAAGCAGCAGGGAAGCAAUGCUCGAAAGGUCUCAUGCAUGCUUCCAACGAAAGUGAUGAGGAAAGCAAUAACCCAGAAGUAGUAUCUUUACCAAGCGAACUCCCAAAGAAAGUUCGUCAUGAUAAGGCCCCUAAUUCAACUUCUGUGUUUGAUGAUGAGGUGGCUGAAUUCCAUCUAAGCAAUUAUUACCAAUAAGAUGCUCAGAAGUUGUAAGCCCGAGCAUGUACCAGCUUUGAUGAAUGUUUAAGUUAGGGCAAACUUAUGAAUAAGCUUGAGCCAUGGUGGUGAUGAAGGAGGCUAAGCAACGUGUCAAAGAGGCAAGUUGCUCUGAGGUAAACUCCUCAACACCCCCUACUUAUGGAGAGCAAAACGAUAUCAAAUGUAAUCCUUUAGUAACAUUUUGUGUGACUGUGAAAGCCAUUUGGAUUUUUUUUAUGUUUUGUGAGUUUUUGUAAGACUCCCUAUGCAACUUUUGAAACUCACAAGACUUAAAUUACACCUAAUUUUGGAAA